AUGGCUCCUAGUUCCUACUCGGACGACUCGUCAAUAGAUGUUACAAAAAAGCCGACCAUGUUAAAGAACCUUCGAUCUCAGUCCUACAGAGUAGCUUGGCGUCCGACGCUCGACGAAGUCUUGAAUAAUACUGCACCUCCGCCGUACACCCUUAGCGCAUUCACAAACUACCUCUCCCAUAACCAUUGCCUUGAAACAUUGGAAUUUAUCCUCGAAGCGAAGCGAUAUCGCGAACACUUCAGCUCAUUACUUGAGCCGGCAAAGGAUUCCAUUGUGACACCCACUGGCAACCAUCCCACAAAUAUCAACCUAAGUCUUCUCUACCAGAUUCUACUGGAGACGUACAUUUUCCCCGGAGCAGAGCGUGAGGUCAAUCUACCUGUCAAGGUACGUGAUGACCUUCUGCAAAACAAAAUGAUCUCGACACCACCCUUGCCCGAGACUCUUGAUCUUGCUGUGAGAAGCAUUCGCGAUCUGAUAGAGGAUUCAAUUUUCGAUUCAUUUCUGAAAAGCGCGUCCACAUAUAUUUACGAAGAAGCUGCGUCGAGGGCAUCGGGUGAAAGCAGCAGGUCUUUCCUUUCAACUUUAUCCAAGGACUCGGAUGGUCAGCCUAUGGAGCCAGGACAAGCUAAAUCUAAGCGCCCAUCUCUUAUGACUAUUGGAAAGUCUUGGUCAUGGCCGCCUUGGAGUUGA